UUUAGAGGCUGGCGAGCUCGGCUCUCGUCUCAUAGUCGCGCGACUCGCUUUGCUGGCAGGACGUUCGUGUCCUGCGUCUUCCGUGCGAUAAAAAUAAAAGCAUCCCAAAGCAAUUACAUAUUAGUUGAAGUUUAAACAGAAAAGUGCUACGAAAUAUUAAUCUAAAUAUCGUAUUCAAAUCAAUUGAAAAUAACCCUCGUUAGCGUUAUAUACCAAAAUCAUGUUUAAUUAAAAUUAAAAGUUGAAAGAAGAUUUAAUAUGCACUUUUGAUAACUGCCCUGCAAUUCAACAACGAAUAGAAACACAACAUUUUUAGCACUUCUAAGCCGACAAAAAAAAUGUGAAUAUAUCAAAAAUUGGUUGAAAAACGGAAAGUAAUCAAAAGUUAACGCAACAUGUGAGAGACCAACGAAAAACAGUUUACUUCAGUUCAAAUGAGCUCUACAAAAUGUUUCCUGCUCCUUGGCCCCAGCGAACGAGUUCAAAAGCCGCUGCAACGACCAAAACCACUGUGCCCAGUGAUAAAUUGAUUAACGAAAAUGCCGUGCAAUUAAACAUUUGGCCCCAAUUGUAUGAAAAUUUAUGCAAAUCAAAGCCGAGCGAUGACUGCGUGGCGAGCAACAUCAAAAGGCCACGAGCAGCAGCAACUGCCGCAGCAGCAGAAGCAGCAGCAAGAAGCAGGAAGCAGCAACAACAGCAGCAGCAACAACCUGGUUGCCACACCGGCCACAUCGCGCCAUUGCAAUUUGCAUUUAAUUGUUGUGAUUAUCUUGGCCUGCUGCACACGCUGGCUCUAUGGCUUGCCGGAUGGCCGUGCCACCUGCCGUUCAGUGCCUGGAUUGACCAAGGAUCAAGUGGAGCUCUGCUACAAGGCCAGUGAUGUGACGGCGGCCGCUCUCGAAGGACUCGACAUGGCCAUACGAGAAUGCCAAAUUCAGUUUCAAUGGCAUCGGUGGAACUGUUCGUCGCUGAGCACAAAGAGCCGCAAUCCGCAUGCCUCCAGUUUGCUGAAGAAAGGCUACCGGGAGAGUGCGUUCGCCUUUGCCAUCUCGGCUGCCGGGGUGGCCCACAGUGUGGCCCGCGCCUGCAGCCAAGGUCGUUUGAUGUCCUGCGGCUGCGACCCCACCAUCAAUCGCAAGACGCUGAACAAGAACCUGCGCCAGUCUCUGGACAAGGAGAAGAAGCAGUUUCUGCAGUACUUGGAGACCAACCAGAUUCUAACGCCCGAGGAGGAGAAGAAGUACGAGCGCUCCAAGAUCGCCAGCCGCUGGAAGUGGGGCGGUUGCUCCCACAACAUGGACUUUGGGGUCGAGUACUCCAAGCUCUUCCUCGACUGCCGCGAGAAGGCAGGCGACAUUCAGUCGAAGAUCAAUCUGCACAACAAUCACGCCGGCCGGAUAGCCGUCUCCAACAACAUGGAGUUCCGGUGCAAGUGCCAUGGAAUGUCCGGCAGCUGCCAGCUGAAGACAUGCUGGAAGUCCGCUCCCGAUUUCCACAUUGUGGGCAAGGUGCUGAAGCACCAGUUCCGCAAGGCCAUUCUGGUGGAUCAAUCAAAUCUGGGCAACGGGGAGCCCGUGGUCGUUUUGAAACGGGCGCGCAAUAAGAAAUCGAACGGCGGCAGCGGCUCCGGAUCCACGUCGCCCGAUCUGGAUAGCACGGAUGCAUCUGGUGGUCACGACGAUGGCGGGACAGGUGACUCCGAGACGCGGCGGCAUGACGAACUCGGUGUGGAGCGGGGCACGCGGCAACCGAGCGCCGAUAAGAAUGCGGCAAGAAUGGCCCGAAAACUGGAGACAUCGCUGUUCUACUAUCAGCGCUCGCCCAACUUUUGUGAGCGUGAUCUGGGAGCUGAUAUACAGGGCACCGUGGGACGCAAGUGCAACCGGAACACCACGACCAGCGACGGAUGCACCUCCCUCUGCUGUGGGCGUGGCCACAGCCAGGUGAUUCAGCGGAGGGCGGAGCGGUGUCACUGUAAAUUCCAAUGGUGCUGUAAUGUGGAGUGCGAGGAGUGCCACGUGGAGGAGUGGAUUAGCAUAUGCAAUUAAGGACAAUGGACGCAGGACGAAGGACGAUGGAGCGAUGGAGCCUCAGCCACAUGCAUAAGAAAAGACUUUUCUUCAUUCUCACAGAACUUAACACACAAAGAAAUCAGUAUUACAGAAAAACAAAACAUAAAGUACGCAAUAGGGCAGACAUCAAUAAACAACGUGUGUGAAUGCAAUGCCUAGUUUAGCAAUCUCCAGCCAUUUGGAAUACUUAUAAAUAUAUUUUGUAAAUACGAACAAUAAGAUGCAUAAUUAGUCUGUCAAUCAGCUGACUUUCACUCGCAUUGCCAAUUUCCCUUUCACCUGGCAUUUUGCCCACCUGUGUCGCUGCUUUUGCACUUUUGCACGUGAAUGUCGCCGCCGCUAAUUGAAUUAGCCAGCUAAAUAGUUGUCCAAGGUGUGCACCCAGGUACUGCCCAUUGAAUGGCUUCCUUCCUUGCCAGUGAAAAGCCCACGAUUGCAUUGGCCCAUCAUUUAGUUGGCUUACGGCAGCGGUACGUGCUGCAUGCGUGCGGUCGGUUCGAAGUUCUACACAAGUACCUCCUUGCAACCAAAAAAACACACAGCUGCAGGAUAAGUGUGCCACUCUGCGGCAGCGAAG